GAACUUUUACAGUAUUUCUUUCAUUUUAAAGGGAAAGCGACAUAGCCUAAAGUUUCUCUUUAUGUUGUAUAAGGGCUGAUAAUUGCUGCGGUGGUUCUGACAGUCUCCCCAUAGCAAUGUGUGGCUCGUUGUGAUGUCAAUCACAGCGCGUCAAGGCGCUUCCGCUAGUCCUUUAGGCUGCUUCAGCGUAUAAUAUCGUAUCUUACUGUUUCAUGGUGUAGAACUGGCGUGUAGCACAAUGGUGUAUGGAUCAUAGCUUUUCUUUUUAUUUGCAAGAUUUUUUUAUUUCAAAAGAAAAUUUAAAUAAAAAACCCUACCGGUCAGUGGAUCUGCAAGGGAUUUCCUUUUAAUUUUACCAGGGAGAAAAAAAAACCCGGUCAAAAUGUCAACGGGUAAAGAAAUCGGGGGAGCCCAGCAUGCUCAAUACGUGGGACCAUAUCGACUGGAAAAAACGCUUGGAAAGGGACAGACAGGAUUGGUGAAGCUCGGAGUCCACUGUGUAACAUGUCAAAAGGUCGCAAUAAAGAUUGUCAACAGGGAGAAGCUCAGUGAAUCGGUGCUAAUGAAGGUAGAACGGGAGAUAGCUAUCCUGAAGUUAAUAGAACAUCCACAUGUUUUAAAGCUACAUGACGUCUAUGAGAAUAAAAAAUAUUUGUACUUGGUGCUAGAGCAUGUUUCUGGGGGCGAGCUCUUUGAUUAUCUUGUGAAAAAAGGACGACUGACACCAAAGGAGGCCCGAAAGUUCUUCCGACAAAUAAUAUCUGCAUUAGAUUUCUGCCAUAGCCAUUCAAUAUGCCACAGGGACUUGAAGCCAGAAAAUUUAUUGUUGGAUGAAAAGAAUAACAUCAGAAUAGCAGACUUUGGAAUGGCUUCACUGCAGGUUGGCGACAGCUUGUUAGAAACCAGUUGCGGCUCACCUCAUUACGCCUGUCCUGAAGUCAUCAGGGGAGAAAAGUAUGAUGGUCGGAAAGCAGAUGUCUGGAGCUGUGGUGUCAUCCUUUUUGCACUCUUGGUGGGAGCACUGCCAUUUGAUGAUGAUAACCUGAGACAGUUAUUGGAAAAGGUAAAGCGUGGAGUGUUUCACAUGCCACAUUUUAUACCGCCGGACUGUCAAAAUCUCUUAAAGGGAAUGAUCGAGGUGGAUGCUUCAAAACGCUUAACACUAGACCAGAUCCAGAAACAUUCUUGGUAUAUUGGGGGCAAGAAUGAGCCCGAACCAGAGCAGCCUGUUCCAAGAAAGGUGCAGAUACGCUCGCUUCCGUCACUAGAGGAUAUAGAUCCAGAUGUCCUGGACAGCAUGCACUCAUUAGGUUGCUUUAGAGAUAAGAACAAGCUUAUGCAAGAUUUGGUAUCAGAAGAGGAAAACCAAGAAAAGAUGAUCUAUUUUCUUCUUCUCGAUCGGAAAGAGCGGUAUCCAAGCCAUGAAGAUGAAGAUUUGCCUCCUCAAAAUGAUACAGAUCCACCUAGAAAAAGAGUAGACUCACCAAUGUUAAAUCGACAUGGCAAGCGACGACCUGAAAGGAAAUCGAUGGAGGUACUGAGCGUUACUGACGGAGGCUCCCCAGUUCCAGCUCGACGGGCCAUUGAAAUGGCACAGCAUGGCCAGAGAUCCAGGUCAAUAAGUGGAGCAUCUUCUGGCCUUUCCACUAGCCCCCUCAGCAGUCCAAGGGUGACCCCUCACCCUUCCCCUCGCGGAAGUCCCCUCCCCACCCCAAAGGGUACACCAGUUCACACUCCCAAGGAGAGUCCAGCGAGUACUCCGAACCCAACACCACCAUCCAGCCCCAGUAUUGGAGGGAUGCCUUGGAGAACGCGGCUGAAUUCGAUCAAAAACAGUUUCCUUGGAUCACCUCGGUUUCAUCGCAGGAAAUUACAAGUACCUACGCCAGAAGAGAUGUCAAGUCUAACUCCAGAGUCUUCCCCAGAGCUUGCCAAAAAGUCAUGGUUUGGUAACUUCAUCAACUUGGACAAAGAGGAGCAGAUAUUUGUCGUCAUCAAGGACAAGCCAUUGAGUUCCAUCAAAGCAGACAUUGUCCAUGCCUUCCUUUCCAUCCCUAGCCUAAGUCACAGUGUUAUGUCUCAGACAAGUUUCCGAGCAGAGUACAAAUCCACUGGGGGCCCAGCUGUGUUCCAGAAGCCAGUUAAAUUCCAGGUGGACAUCACUUACACAGAAGGCAACGAGGCACGGAAGGAGAAUGGGAUUUAUUCAGUCACCUUCACACUGCUGUCAGGUCCAAGCCGUCGGUUCAAAAGAGUGGUGGAAACAAUUCAGGUCCAGUUGUUAAGCACACAUGACCAGCCUUCCGUGCAACAGUUGUCUGCAACUUCUCACUGUAUGCAGCUGCUGACUGGCAGACUUUCAAAAUGUGGCAGCCCAUUGAGUAACUUCUUUGACGUAAUUAAACAACUUUUUUCAGACGAGAAGGAUAAUGGGCAAGUAGCUCAUCCACCAGCUACGCCAACCAAACAUGCACAAAACACCAAGCAGAAUGAUUCUGAUGCUAUUGACUAUGGUUCUAGAGGACACUCUAAAUUUCCAGCUGGGAAAAAGAAGGCAAAGAUGGUGCCAAGUAUUGGGACACAGGACCAACCUUAAAUGCAUUUAGAAUUAGUCCCAUGUCCUGAAAGGAAGUAAAUAACAGACUGCUUCGGUACAAUGUCCAUAGACAGAUUUUGUAUGGCGGAAUGAUUGUAUAUAACUGAGGAUUAGCACGUGCAACCCCUCUCUACAGCAUUUGUUUCCCUGUUUUUGCUGCUCUCCUUUUAUGAUGACCUGAUUUAUUUCCACUCUACUGCCAGGAAUUGUCCAGAAAACUUGUUAAACCCCAUCUGGUGAACCCUAUGGCUGCGGAUAUUUGUCGAAGGAAAGGCAGCUGAUAUCUUGGUGCAUGUGGGAACCUGGCGCCCUAAUGACGCUUAACACUUGACCAAUCAAGAGCUGCUGCACCCCAGGAAAGGGAACAGAAAUCCUGGGAGAGACUGACACCCUUCAGCAGCAGGUUAUCCACCAGAGCGGGGAUGUGGGGGGUGAAUUCAAUAGCACCACAACAGCAACAUAAGCUCCAGCAGACUCAGUGGACACUUCCUUUGUAGAAGCAGGACUUUGGUGAGACUGCUGCUGAUGGGUAAGAAAUCUGGGGGUCAGACAACACCGCAGCAAUGAACUAAAGCACGAACAAGUGUAACAAAUCCACCACCUUGUACCACCCCUACUUUCUGUAUAAAUUUUGUUUGUCUAGUCGUGACACCUUGUUUAGCUGUAGAACAAAACAGAUUCAAACACUGUGUUGCCAGUUAUAAGUUUGUCAGUAUUAUUUAUUUUCAGGGUAAUAUAUAUGUGUAUAUAUAAAUAUUUUAUUCAUUUCAUAAGGGCACCAUGUUCGAAUGAACCAUGUUGCUGGUUUACUAUCAUGGGGUGGGGGGAUGGUUUGACCACCCACUGCUGUUAAAGGCUACAUUUAUUGUGGGCAUUUUAUAUAUUUUUCCCCCUUUUUGUUCUUAUUUAUUGAACCCCAGUAAUUUAUCAGCAGAAUGUCUAGGUGUAUGAAUGUUGUCUUUCAUUGUGAAUGACUUAUAGAGGCAACACUUACUGUAUUAAAGGAAAAAAAAAUAUUUUGUCCAAUUUAUCAGAGCUUUGUGAACAAUAUUAACUUAUUCUGUCCCGAUUCAAGGAACUUGUAGUAUAUGUUUAAAACAAAAACAGUACUUUAAGAAUGUAGAAUAGCAGUAGUGUCUGAAAUGAUUAUCUUAUAUUGCUAUUUGUUAGUUUCAUAUCAGUGUGCGUGUUCCACAGGUAAAAUUAUUUGACCAGUUCUUGUACAUAAGUAAAUCAACAAUGGACUUUGAACCACUGGAGGUUACUGUUAUUGAAUUUAUCUUGUAUAACUGUGUGCAUGUCAGACAUGGUUUUUUCUUUGCAUGAUGUUGCUGUAAUUGUUCUCAUAAUGCUCUGUCCUCUUUCUUGCUUUCCCACGUGCACAACUAAUGCUUCCUUACCACCGUACCUCUGCAAAAUGGUUGGAGUACAACAUGGAUGGUACAAGCAGGAAGGGGAAGAAAUAAAGCAAUACUUAUAUUGAUAUCCUUCCUAUUUUGUACUUGGAGAAAAAAAAAAUACUUAUUUAACAGACAAACUAUCCAAUGUACCCACCCAAUUCUCCCCCCCCCCCCCCCUUGUAAUAUAACUGUGAGCAAUUUCAGUGCAAGAUCAAUAAAUUCAUUCAA